AUGAUUGAUCAAUUUAUCAAUUUUGUGAUUAGGCCCCCCAGGGCUGACUACAACCCGGAUCAGUACUUGUGGGAGAAGGAAUUUACUCUUGCAGGGAGGAAGUAUAAAAGAGAAGACGUGGAGCUUAGAAAUGAAAGAGGUCAUGCCUUGAAGUGUAGCCAUUACAUUCCUUUGCAGCUCCUGGACGACUCUCCUCUUCCUUGUGUUAUAUAUUGUCAUGGAAACAGUGGAUGUCGAGCGGAUGCAAAUGAGGCCGCAGUAGUUCUUCUGCCUUCAAAUAUCACUGUAUUCACUCUUGAUUUCUCUGGUUCUGGCUUGUCUGAUGGAGAUUAUGUUAGUCUUGGUUGGCAUGAGAAAAAUGACCUCAAGGUUGUGCUAUCAUAUUUGAGAAGCAACGAGAAAGUUUCUCGUAUUGGUCUAUGGGGAAGGUCAAUGGGUGCAGUGACAAGUCUUCUUUAUGGAGCAGAAGACCCUUCUAUAGCUGGAAUGGUAUUGGACAGUGCCUUUUCUAAUUUGUUUAAUCUCAUGCUGGAACUUGCUGAUGUGUACAAAAUCCGGCUUCCUAAAUUUACGGUCAAAAUGGCUCUUCAGUACAUGCGACGAGUAAUCCAGAAAAAGGCCAAAUUUGAUAUCACGCGGCUUGAUUGCGUUCAGGUUGCUCCGAAGACAUUCAUUCCAGCUUUAUUUGGACACGCAAAAGACGACAAAUUCAUUCAAUCUAGGCACUCAGAUGCUAUCUUCAAGUCAUAUGCGGGUGAUAAAAAUAUUAUCAAGUUUGAAGGUGACCAUAACUCAUCACGGCCUCAGUUUUAUUACGAUUCCGUGUCGAUUUUCUUUUACAAUGUUCUCCGUCCUCCUCGACCUCCAUCUGCAUACUCAUCAAAGAUAGAUAAAUAUUAUGAUCUUGGGGGCAUGAAGGUCGGUUCUAGUGUGGAAGAGAAUAUUUUGUAUGAGAUUAUAGCUGGGCUCCGGAAUGUGAGUGCUGAUGCACCGAGUUCUUCUUCGGCACCACAAACGGUUUCAUCUAUGAAGUCUGUGGGGGAAAUGCUUUCCGACAUUGCACCUAUUUGUAAUGAAGCCUUGGAUAUAGAAGAUGCUGAACUUCAUGAAAACGGAGCAUCUCUAAUACAGGAUAAGUCGAGCGGGCAAAACGAAGAGUAUUGCUCCUACACGAGCUCGAACAGAGAAAGUUGGGGAAGGUGCUCGUCUCUGGGCAGCGAUGACGUACCUUCCAUGGAGUGUACAAGCAGCAGCAACUGUGAUCAGACAACUAUAAACGUGCUGGCAACGCCGCUUAGGAAUUCUGAACAGAGCACUUUAAACGCUGAGAAAGAAGGUAGCAGCAAGCAGAAGAAAAAGAAAGCUUUGGAAACAAAGAAAAAGUCGAGACGUGAGAAGUUUGAAAAGCUGGAAGCUCUAAGCCAGCGUAUCCGCCUUUGCAUCCUCAAGCGAGUUAAUCAUAGAAGACACUGCUCAUCAUGA